AUGUCGCAUGAACGCAGCACGCCAUCAUCUCCCGCGUCCGAGGACUUUCCUUCUUCUACUUCUACACCGACGCAACAGUUUGCUAGCAGCCCAGCUUCGGGCUUUGGAAACCAUAAUGUGCCGCUUACGGCGCUGGAGCGCUUUGCUAUGGCGAGAGGAGAAUCCAGUUGUCAGGCUUUGGCCGGGGCUACCGGGGGGUUCAUGUCCGGGCUGGUUACAUGUCCGUUGGAUGUUAUAAAGACAAAGUUGCAGGCGCAGGGAGGGUUCAGAGCGCAGAAUGGGGGUCAAAUACCUUCUGCCUCCAGUGUUGUGUAUAGGGGCAUGUUGGGGACGGCAAGGAUGAUAUGGAGGGAGGAGGGUUUGAAAGGCAUGUACAGAGGAUUGGGGCCAAUAAUACUCGGAUAUUUGCCUACGUGGGCAGUUUGGUUUACGGUUUAUGGGAAAUCGAAGGAAUACUUUUCCGAGCAUAGCGUCUGUUUAGACAACGUCAACGUGGUUAAUUUUUGGUCUUCCAUAGUAGCUGGAUCAUCUUCAACGAUGGUCACAAAUCCGAUCUGGGUGAUUAAGACUCGACUUAUGUCACAAGUAAGCCGAAAGAAUACUUCCAUCGAAGCUCGGCCCCCGUGGCAUUACAGGUCUACGUUGGACGCUGCAAAAAAGAUGUACAUGACAGAAGGCAUUCUCUCCUUCUACUCUGGGCUUACUCCAGCACUUCUCGGCUUAACACAUGUUGCUGUACAAUUCCCAGCAUACGAGUACCUCAAGACGAAGUUUACCGGUCAAGGAAUGGGACAGUCCGCCGAGGGCGAUGACAGCUCUCAUUUCCUCGGCGUCCUCUCAGCAAGUGUACUCAGCAAGAUAAUGGCCAGUUCAGCUACAUAUCCUCACGAAGUAAUCCGGACAAGGUUACAGACGCAACAAAGAUCAAUGCCAUCGGCGUCUGCAGAAUUUCCAUCAUUCCGCGGCGGACUAGAAGACCCAAGCCAUGGACCUGCGGCUGUCAUUGCCAAAACGAAAGCAGCGCUACCUCGAUACAAAGGCCUAGUCACAACAUUUAAAACGAUUUUGCAUGAAGAGGGCUGGCGUGCCUUCUACGCUGGGAUGGGCACCAAUAUGAUGCGAGCUGUUCCCGCAGCCACAACUACCAUCUUUACAUAUGAGUUUGUCAUGAAACAUCUCAACCACGCGAAAGCAGAAGGGAUAUCAAAAGUAGCAAAUGACGGAUGGUGA